AUGGAAGAGGUCACGGUCAAGGUGCUAUUGCUCGGGGAUGAGAAAGUGGGAAAGACAACCUUCCUCUCGCGCAUCAGUGGAGGCAGCGGCGCUCUCGAGGGCAACGUUCCCAUCACGUUGCUACGGGACAUAGACCAGCCUUUCGUCUUCGAGAUACGGAAUAGGAGGCGAACAUAUCGAAUUGAGUUCUACGACACGUCCUGUCCCGACAACUGGCGACUACUCGACCCAGACCUCGUCCUUAUUUGCUAUGAUAUCAGCCAGCGACCAAGCCUCAUCAACAUGCGGAGAGUCUGGAUCAACGAGGUCCACAGCACCUUCCAAACCAGCGAUCACCUUCCCGUCAUAGUCGUCGGUCUGAAGAGGGACUUGAGAUCCGAAAGCGAUCCAGGCAGCAUCCACCCCCAGGAGGCGUACAAGGUGUCGCAGGAGAUGAGGGUGGAUAAGUAUGUUGAGUGCUCGGCCGUGACGGGAGAACUGCUCAAGUUGGCCUUUGAGGAGAUCUGUAACACGGCGUCGAGGACAAAGACUGUGACAGGCGCACAGAGCGAAGGCGGUUGUGUGAUGUCGUAA